AUGGUGAAGUUCGCGAAGCAAUUGGGGGUUUCCCUCCUUCUUCUCUUCUCCGCUGUUGUCGCCGAGGAAGCAGCCGCGGACGAGCCUCAGCAACUGUACAAUACGUCAAUGCACAUCCCCCAAGAGGGAAUCCUGAAUACGCGCGAUCUGUUUGGCUUGGAGCCUAGAGCCUAUACAUGCCGCUCAGGAUACUCAGAGUGCGCCUACGAUACUUCGCGCUGCUGCCCUACUGGAACGAGCUGCUGCGGAACCGGCUACUGUGCGGACCCUGGUGAUACUUGCUGCACUAGCGGCGGCACUUGUCCUAGCGGAUGGAACUGCUGUGGCGACGCAUGCUCGCCGGUUGAUGGAGAGUGCUGCAAUGGCGGGUACUACUGCCGCGCUGGCAAGCAUUGCCGCAUUUACAAUGGCGAGAAGGUGUGCUGCCCCUCGUCUGGUUGCUCGGGAGAGUCCGAUUCUGGGAGUGUGGGAGGUACGGUCACAGCCGGUGCUACCGUGACUGCAACGACGACUUCAAGAACUACGUCUACCUAUACCUAUGCGGACUAUGAGUACUACUACACGACCUAUUACUGGACCUUCUAUUUCUACUUCUGGACCUCGUUCUCCCCCUACACUGUGAAGACCGUUACCUCGACUCUCACCACGACCACGACUAUUUUUUCCGUCUAUGUGACUGACAGUGCCGACGCUAGCUCCAGUUUCUCCAGAAGCAUCAGGUCCUUGAGCUCGGACAUUCCUUACUCUGCCACUUCCCUCAAGGGCUCGACCAACCCAGUCACCAUUCACACCGGGGUAUCUGCCCCCACCUCGGGCUCUUCAUCGUCCAACCAAGGAGGAGGGGCUGGUGCGAACGCUGCAAGCCAUGUGCCUGUUGAUAUCAAUGUUAUUUUGAUGGGUACUGCCUUGGCGGCUGUGAUUGGCGGCCUGGCUCUGGGACUGUGA